AUGUCAUUCUGGAAAACACUGCAAAGACAGCCACGUACCAUCUCGUUGUUCACCAACGACAUCUCGUCCAACAUCAAGUCACAGAAGUGCCUCCAGUUGCUAAAGGGAGACGUGUCUCAUCGGUUCGACGUUGAGAUUGCCAACCGUUUUCCCACGUGGGACCAGCUGCAGUACAUGAGAACAUUGUGCCCGCAGGGCCUAGUUUCAUUGCAAAGACAGAUCCCCAAGCUCGAUUCAGUGCUCAAAUACAAGCACACAGACCCAGCGUUCGGGAUGGAUCUGCAGAAAUGUGUCCAGAAGGGACUGUGGAACCCAAAGGAGGCGCUGUGGGUCGACUGGGAGAACAAGCUGGUGGGCAACGAGCCUGAAGACAUUGACAAGCACAUCAUCCAGCGCAAGUAG